AUGAGUGAACGCUCAAAUUCAAGACCAAGAAGGGAAGGAGUUAAAUACUCCACACUUAUUAAAAAACAUGUUUCUGGAAACCCAAGACUCAAUCUAACUGAAAAUAAGCGAAAAAAUAGUGUUAAGGCUACUAAUGACCCUGAUGUCUUUAUUCUGUCAAAAGCUAACGAUAAAGGAAAGAACAAAGAAGUACAACAAGAAGCUAAUCUCGAAGCUGAAAAUAAUAAACUGAAAGACCAACAAAUGACUAUAGAUGCUGAAAAUAAUUCUGAAGAUACGCGCUUAAUCCAAGAAACUGAUUCUACUGAAGAUGAUACUUCUGGUCCGCGUAAGAAUAAUCAACAAAAAAAAUUAUUUGAACAUGAAGAAAACAUUGAUGACAAAGACGAAAUUGAAUCAGUUACAUCCUUUACCUCUGAAACCAGCAACAAUUCCAAAUGGUGUAAACAGCCCACUUACAUGCAUCACGCACAAAUCUUUAAAAGGAAUCCCUUGAAAGAGAACAUGCAUGGAGUAAAAUUGUGGGACAUUCCACUUGGUAUGCGCUACAAAGAGCUUGAAACUGAAUUAGGUAACCUCUAUGGGCCCAUUGAGCAUAUGAAUUUGAGAGUUAACAACAUGUGGCAAUCUGCCAUAGUCAUUUUCAAAACAGUUGAAGAUGCAAAAAAACUUCUUGAAAACUGGAGCAUUAUUAUUGGUGAUGAUUCGUUGAGGGUCACACCAAUUGAUCAAACUUUUGAUAAUCUAAAGUCACGUGGCAUAUACGCAGCACGAGUAAUUAAUCUGCCAGUUGGUAUUACAGCAAGAGAACUUAUACCACACAUUGCACACCUGGGAGCCAAAACAUGUUAUUUUUCGAGAACAAGAAACUAUAGACGUAGGGGUGAAGCAAUCAUUUCAUUUGCAUCUGAAGAGGAAAAAAAUAAUGCUUUGAAAGCCGUAUGGGAGAAAGGAAACUUUGAUGUUAAAAUCAUUGACAUAGAAACCAAAACUUGCCACCGUUGUCAUUCAAAUGAACACCUUGUAGCAUCGUGCCCCCGUACGAUUAGAGAUAAUGAAUUUCGCCAGAAAAAUAAUGAAAGAUUAUCAAAAUUCGGAGGAAUCUACAAAAAACACAAUCCCAAAUACUUUGCUGCAAUUAAUAAACAAGUAGGAAACAAAACAUACGCAGAUGUAACUAAGGGUAAUAAACAAACUCCUGAAUUUAACAGGAAUAUGACUAUGGACAGAAAACUCAACCGAAUUGAACAACUCUUAACAGACUUGACUGAACGUUUGGAUCGUUUAGAGGAAUUU